AUGGAAAAUCAAAGCGGUCCCAGCUUUCAAAAGUUUGACCCGACGGAUACCUCUACCGUGUCAAGUCGAUGGAAAAAGUGGAAGCGAGGCUUCAAUAUCUUUCUGGAAGUAAACAAUGUGGUAAACACAGCUCGAAAGCGCUCCUAUCUGUUGCACUAUGCUGGUAGUGAUGUACAAGAUAUAUUUUUCAAUUUGCGAGGAGAGGCUGAGGUGGCAAUUCCAGAGGGUUCGGAUAUUUACCAACAGUCGGUCAAACUACUCGACGAAUACUUUCUCCCACUCAAAUGCUUACCGAGAGAACGUCACAUAUUCCGGAAUCUUGAACAAGGCCCAGAGGAAACAAUCGAAAAAUUUGUCCUGCGACUACGGGAGCAAGGCAGUGUCUGUGAGUAUGGCGAUUGGCUUGAGGAGAACAUAAAGGAGCAAAUUUUUGAAAAAGGGUACUCAGAUGAACUACGAGCAAAGAUUCUAACCAAGGGAAAUAUGACAUUAGCACAAACGGUGGAGGAGGGUCGUUCUCUGGAAACGAUUGCGAAGCACCGUAAGAAUCUGCAGCGAACGGAAGAAAUCAAGCGCAUUACGAAGUCUAACGGGGAAUGUUACAGAUGUGGUCAUACUGGGCAUUACGCUAACGAUGAUGAUUGUCCAGCACGGGACAAAAAGUGUGAGAAAUGUCACUUAAUCGGACACUUCAAACGAUGUUGCAAAACAAAAGACAUUGAAGCACGAAAAAAAUUGGACGGGAAAAUCCAGCUGCGUCAAAAGCAUAAACUAAGACAAGUAACUACAAAUGAUUCUGAUAGUGACGAAAGCGAGCGAAAUAAUUACGAAACAGAUGAUGAGAGUAUCCAUUAUGUGUUCGCGAUUAAUCUAACUAACAGUGAGAAGGCAACGUGCAAAGUGGGUGGCGUGCAACUCGAUUGGAUAAUCGACUCCGGUGCGAGCGCUAAUGUGAUAAGUGCUGAUGUCUGGGAGUUUUUAAAAAGUAGAAAAGUCCAAAUAGAUUUUCAGACAAAUACGGUUUCCAAGAAAUUAUUCACUUACGGCGGCCACAAACUUUCGAUCAAGGGAAUGUUCAUCGCAGAUAUAUCGACUAAGAAAUCUUCUAUAAGUGAUAAGGUGUACGUUGUGAAGGAGUCAGGAGCUAAUCUUCUUAGAAAACGAGCGGCUGUUGAGCUUGGAAUUCUGAAAAUAGACACGUCCGUUUGUGCUGUAGAAUUAAACGACGAGAGAAUCGGAAAAGUUAAAGGUGUCAUAGUGAACAUUCAACUGGAUCCUACUGUAAAACCCAUUCAACACACUCAGAGUCGUGUUCCGAUUCCAUUGCAACCGAAAGUGGAAAGGGAACUUGCGAAAUUGUUAAAACAGGAUAUUAUUGAGCCCGCUCCUCGAGAUUCCCCAUGGAUAUCACGAUUAGUUGUUCGACCAAAGGUGGGUAAUACCGAUGAGAUACGCAUCUGCGUUGAUAUGCGGGACGCCAACAAAGCAAUCAUUCCACAACACCAUCCUUUACCAACCUUCGACGACAUUAUUCCACAUUUGCACAACUGCAAAUAUUUUUCUAAGAUAGAUCUUAUCAAGGCAUUUCAUCAAAUCGAGCUCCCGAGCAAUCAAGACCGAUUACGACUUUUGCUACACACAAUGGUUACAUUCGAUAUAAACGCCUUACAUUUGGAAUGA